AUGAAGCCGGCGGGAACUCCCACGCGGAGCCGAGCUGCCGGCGCACCGGCCCGGAGAGGAACAGCAGCCGCGUCGUCGUCGUCGAGCGGUGGAGCAUCGCAGUAUAUUGACCCUCUGUAUGAGGAUAUCCAUGCGCCCAAGUACUUUAACUUCUGUCAAAAGGAGGAGGAGGAGGCGCUGCACUCGGGGGAUUCUUGGUUCGACGGCGCGCAGGAUGCGGAAAUCGCGGACGACGGUGACAGCGCGGCGUGGGCUAUCCACGCCGCAUUGACUGCGAUCACGGCGACCCCGCCCGCUGCCGUGGCGUAUGGAGAAGCAGCAGCAGAGGCAGCAGCAGUGGCGGCGAUGGAAAAGGAGACGCAGCAGAGGAAGCAACAGGCCUCGGAGAAACAGAAGCAAGCGAGGAAGCAGGAGGAGGAGGAGCAGCAAGCGACCACCAAACGGCACACCUCCUCCUCCCCCGCCGCCGCCGCUACCGCUGCUGGUAACGCCUCCCCAGCUGCUGCUGCUGCUGCGGCUGCGUCGCCGAGUAAGGGGAAGAGGAGUGUGGCGACUGGAUCGCCCGCUGCUGCGAUGGCGACGGCGACGGCGACGUCGGCAGCACGUGCGACGCCGUCGGAAGUGCCCCGCUCGCUCAGCUUCGCGUCCGAGAAAUCCAACGGAACACCAUCCCGCGUGCGCGGAGUCCCCCUCAACCCCGCGCCAUUCAAGAGCGCGUCGUUCCGCGCGCGGGUCAUUGCGGCGGCGCAGGAGGCGCGGGAGUCGCGCGGGGAGAAGGCGGAGAGCAAGGCGGAGGGCGGGGAAGAGAGGGGCACAGGGGAGGACGGGGAACCGACGUGCGCAACAGCGGGCGCAAUCAAGUGCGCGGAGGCGGAAGCAGAAGGCGAGAAGAACGCGAAGGGGACGAGCGCGCGCAAGGACUCCGCCCCCCCCGCCGCUGCUAAUGCACGCGCACAGGCGGAAGCGACCAUCUGGAAGGAGGCGGAAGGGGAAGGCGGAGGGGGAGGCGGCGGAAAGGUGGAAGCGCAAGCGACGAUUCAGUCGUCGCCUGGUGGGCGACGCGUGGUGGCGACGGUGUCGUCGCCCGCCGUCGCCAAGGGGUCGGUGCAGGCGACGGCGACGGCUACAGCGAGCGCGUCGAUCUUCGAGUCGUCGCAGAAAGCGGCGCCGUCCGCGAAUGGCGCCGCGAAUGACGGCGCGCGGACGCCUGUAGCGACGGCUACGGCGACUGCGACGGCGAGCGCGAGGGUGUGCGUGGGAGACGGAGCGAGGAAAGUGGAGCUAGGAAUGGUGACAGAUGCAGCGGAGAAAACACGUGCUGUUACUGGAACCCCUGCUUUUGCUGGUGUUGGUGGUGGAAGGUCGAAGACUCAAGGAGGAACGGAAGCGGAACGGGCAGCAGCAGCAGCAGCAGCAGCAGCAGCGGCAGGUGGGGCACUCGCGACGCCUGUGACCACUGGGAAGGGUGCUGCUGCGGCAGCAGCGCCAGCAGCACCAGCAGCAUCCGCAGCAGGGGGAGCAGCACCAGCAGCAUCCGCAGCAGGGGGAGCAGCACCAGCAGCAUCAGCCGGAGGUUUCAGGUAUCCAGGGUUGCAGAGUGAGCAGCAGUUCACGGGUGCAUCCUCGUCUCUGCGCGUGUCUGACGUGUCAUCACCUGGCGCCAGCAGCUGCUCCACGUCAGCAACGGGCGCGGGGCAGCGGGCGGGUGGGCGAGUGAUGAUGGUGUGCAAUAACGCGCUCUUCCGCACGUCCCCGAGCCAUAGCCCUGUGGAGGCCAGUCCUGGCGGCAUCCCUGUUGCUGCAGCACGCACAGCAGUAGCAGGAGGAGGAGGUGGAGGAGGAGGGGGAGGAUUGUUGGCUGCGACCGCCUUUGCUCUCACCCCCGUUGUCUCUGGUGCUUCGGCCUCUGGGAGUGGUGCUAGCAGCGAUGGAAGCGGGGCGUUCUUUGGAGCUUCUGCUGUCACGGGAGUGGCGAGUGGUGGGGUUGUCUCUGCCACCGCUGCUGCUGCUGCUGCUGCUGCUGUUGCUGCUGCGGCUGCUCCUGGAGCUGAUACCGGGUCCGCUUGUAACGAAGAUGCUGCUUCGUCUCCUGCUCCUGCUGCUGCUCUUUCUGCCACGCCUGCACCUGCGGCGGCUGCAACUGCUGCUCCUGCCACUCCUGCCACUCCUACUACUCCUGCUACUCCUGCUGCUGAACGUCCUGCAGUGGCAGCAGACAGCACCAACACGGUGCAUACGAUCGCUGCCUCUACCGCCUCUGCUUCAACACAUGUCCAUGCGUAUUCUGCGCCCAAGCCAGUCAAGCCGUCCUUCCCCUCGUCCGCUUCGCGAGGGCGGGAGAAUAAGGAGCCGUGCGGCAACAACAGCAGUAACGAGAAUGGCGGCACCACCAGCAGCAGCAGCAGCAGCAACAGCAGCAGCCUGACAGGGAUUCCUCCGUCUGGUCGGUCCCUGUGGCAGAAGAUCACAGGGCUUGCAUCGUCCGCCUAUGUCAAGAAGAGCUCUGGGAGGUGGCAGGCUGUGACACUGUCACCGGUACCAGGGGGUAGCGGCACUGCUGCCGCCUCCUCUGCUCCUCCGGCUUCCCCUGUUGCUGCUUCUGCUGCUGCUGCUGCGGCUGCGGCUGCGGCUGUUUCUGCUGCUGGUUCUCCUGCUGGUGAUUCUGCUGCGGUUGUCAGGGAGAACGAGGCAGCGAGCGUUGGUCAAGCUGACUUGGUCACACCGCCUGUAACCCCGCCGUCUGCUACUCGGUUCGGCAUGACUCUUGCUGCUGGCAGAAGCGGUGCUGGUCCGUCGCUGCUGCCCGUGCCGCCAGGCUCGGCGCCUCCAGGCCUGGCGUCCAGGCUCGGGUUGCUCGCACGGACAAGGUCGGUGGGCAGCAGCGUGCAGAGGUCGUUGGGCGUAGGGGAGAAAGACGAGGGAGGGAAGAAGGAGCAGAAGGAGAAGGUAGAGGGGGGGGAGUCGCAGAAAGGAAGGCAGGAGGGUCCGUCGCGUGAGGGAGAAGGUGCAAGGAUGGAGGGAGAGGGGAAAGGAGAGGAGAAAGACGGGGAGAAAGGAGCGGGCGUGAGUGCAGUAGGGGUGGUGAAGCAGCAUGUGGCAGAGAUCCAAGAGCUAACCGCUGGUGGUGGUGGUAGUGCUGCUGCUGCUGCUGCUGCUGCUCGGCCGGCACCUGGCCCUACUGCUACAGCCGGCGGCAGCAAUGGAAGAACGGCUGUGGCAGGAAAGGCUGCAGCGAGAAAGCCUGCGGCAGGGAAGACUGUUGCAGCGAAGGUGGUGUCUGGGCGAGUGGCAGCACAGGCAUCAGCAGAGUCGGCACCAGUGGUGCCACACACCUGUUCUGGUACGCACCAGCAUUCCGACCACGCUGGGGUGACAGGGGGAGCAGCAGGAGGUGCAGGAGGGGGAGUGGGAGGAGCAGUGGUGAGGUGCCGCAACCCCAAGUGUGCGGCGAAUGAUGAGAGCUUCGCAGCACGGAGCAAGCCAACGCCGGAGCAUCAGCAGCAGCAGCAGGGGGUUCAAGAGACCCCACAGGCCCUUCCAACAGCCGCUGGUGCUGCUGCAGAGGCAUCAGCAGUUGCAGCAGCAGGAGGAGCAGGUGGAGGAAAGAGGGGGGCGGUGAGAGAUAUAUCUGCAAGUAUAGACAUAGGGCAGGUGAGCGGGAUUGAGGAGAUUGACCUGCUCGCGCUACUAGGCCUAGACUCGUACCUUGAUGACGGUUGCAACGGGUAUGAUGGUUGUGGUGAUGGUGCUGCUGCUGACGGUGGUGGUGAUGGUGCUGAGUCCGCCCCGCCUGUGCGCAGAACAGAUGUGCUGAUCACCGAUGCGGAUAGUGCUGCUUCCUCUCCUCCUCAACGCGUCUCUCCCCCUGCUGCCGCUGCUGAUGCCGCUGCUGCCGCUGCUGCUGCUGCAGCGGCUGAUGCUGCCUCGUUUGCUGGGACCACUGGCCGGGCUACCGGCGUGUCUGAUUCCCGAAGCUCCUGUGGCAGCAGUGCUGCUGGUCGCCCCCCUGCUGCUACAGCUGCUGCUGCUGAGACAGCCGGUGCUGCUACAGGUGCUGCUGCUCCAAGCGCUGCUGGCGCUGCCUUGUCGGUGGUAUCAGGCACCCCCGUGCAAGUCCAACCCUCCAUCGAGCGUAGCAUCAGGCAGUUGAGCAAGCAGCGCAGCGAUGGGGGGAAGGAAGCGGGGGUUCUUACAGAGGGAGUGACUGUAAAGGUGACUCAGUGUAUCCAGCCUACCCAGUCGGCCCAGACCACUCAAUCGUGCAUGCCUGGGGAGGGGAUAGCGGAGAAGGCAUGUUCUGAGGCGCCUCAAGAAAGGGGCGUAGUCACAGAGGCAACGACAGUGGAGGUGACGUCUACUCAUACUUGCACGCCCGGUGGUAGUAUUGUGGAGAAGACUUGCAUUGCUGUGUGUCAGACGACCGGGAGGAAGACGGGGAGGAGAGAGGGGAGGUGUGGAGGAGAGAGGGGUGCGGAGGGGUUUGGUGGUUUUGAGGGGAUGGUGGGGGGAGGAGGAAAGGGUGGAGAGGUGCUGGUGGAGAGUGUGGUUGAGAAGGGAGAGGGGGAGGAGGAGGAAGGCACACAGCAGCGCGCAGUCAUGUCUGCCGCCCCUAAAUGGGCUGUGUCAAGGGAGAGGAGGCUGCGAGUGCGGGUGACAUCGCGCUUCAAGGAGUACAAGCACACAGCAGCACGCAAGCUCUCGCUUGUGGAUAAGAUGACUGCUCAGGCCCAAGCCCACGCCUCCCGCUCCAAGGGCUGGAGCACUUCAGUAUACGUGAGCACGCCAGCAGGGAGCACAGAGGUGCAUGCGUCCCUCCCCGGCUCAGCCACACCUGCUUCGCCCUGCUCCGCCCAGCAGCAGCAGCAGCGCAGUCAGCAUGUUGUUUCUGUGAGCACUGUGGGCGCCGUCGCUGCUGCCAGCCCUGCUGUGCGCUGCCCGCACACCACCACUGCUGCUACUGCCGUUGGCAGUGCCAAGGCCAACGAGGUUUCCCCUGUGAAACGGGUCAAGCUCUUCCCUGCUGCUACUGGCGCUGCUGCCUCCGCUGCCUCCGCUGCCACUGCCUCUAGCGGAGCAAGUGUAGCAGCAGGAGGAGGAGGAGGAGGAGGAGGAGGAGCUGGAGAGAUCGAGCAAGAGCAGCAGGUGCAGCAGCAGCAGAAGCAGGAGCAAGUGUGUGCUCGUUCACUCUCGCAGGAUGGUACCAGCAGCAGGAGCAGCAGCAGCAGCAACAGCAGCAUGUCUGGGACUCUGAUGAUGGGUGCUGACUCUGGUAGCAGCCAUGGGAGCAGUGGUGGGGCGAGUGAGCAGGGUGUGAGGGUGAAUGAGGAGGAGAAGAGGCAGGAGCACGUGACACGCAGUGGCGCUGGUGGUGCUGAUGCUGAUGAGGUUUCAGCUGCCCCUGCUGCCACUGCUGCUGGACCUUCGGUAAACCAGCAGCAGCAGCAGCAGCAGCAGCAGCAGCAGCAGCAGCGGGGGCAUGGGUUUGUGAUGCCGGAAGCAGAGCUGUACCUGAAGGGUCCCCCCCAGUUCACGUGCCCCGAUGAGGUGCUGCUGCACACAGACAGGCGUGCCGUGGAGCGACUCGCAUACGACAUGCAGGUAGCACUGAAGCAGCAGCAGGAGGAGCAGGCGAGGAGGGAGCAGGAGGAGAGGCGGAGGGAGAGGGACGAGGAGGAGGUGAGGAGGCUGCGGCAGCAGAUGGUGCACAGGGCUCGCCUCAUGCCCUACUUUGGACGCCCUUUCAAGCCUCGCAGUGGAUUGCUCUUGUGUGGUCUGUGUACUUGCCACGUGCACCCUGCUUGGCUCGAGUUGUGUCAUUCGUACCUCCUCUCCCUCUACUCGUGCCCUCUCCCUCACUCUCGUUCUCCAAUCCUCACAAUGGCCUCUCCCUCACUCCCGUUCUCCACUCCUCUCCCUCACUCCCGUUCUCCUCUCCUCACAAUGGCCUCUCCCUCUCUCCCGUUCUUCACUGCUCACAAUGGCAGGUCCAGCAAGCAGCCCACUCUGCCUCGUUCCCCUCUGCUGCUCACUAACGCCAGGCAUGCAACAGCAGCAGGCAGUGUGUGCAGCAGCUCCCUGAUUCGCUGA